AUGUCUUCUCGCCGGCGUAUCGUUCCGCUUGAAGAAGUGUGUGAUGUCGCCAAGAGACCCAGGACAACAGGAGUUUGUGACACUCCUAGUGUGGUCGAGCAAUGGAUUCGAAGUGGUACGUCCACUCGAGUGAGUCCCAGCGCAGCUAUCUUGCCAUCGAUCUGUAAUCCAAGAAGAAAUGGAAAGUUGGGAGUACAGAGUUUGCCAGAGGAGUUAACCCAGGAGAAUACCCUCAUCUUAAGUGAGGUUCGGACCGGAGACAGUGAUGUGGUGAUCGGGACGUUUUUGGUGCAAGCUGUUCCAGCAGUAGUUUUGUUCCAUUCUGUGGCGUCCAACUCGUGCGUAUCCCCGGAGCUUGUAAGGAUGUUAGGCCUAACCGAAGGUGUUGGAGUGAAGUUAAACGUCAAGGUGGCAUCGGGAGAAGUUAAGGCUUGUGAUCGCCUCUUCAAAGACGUCAAGAUAAGCAUCGGCGGGGAAGAGUUCUCUAGCGAUUUGAUACAGUUUGGUCUGGACGGGGUCGAUGUGGUCCUGGGUAUGGAAUGGCUAGGACGGUUCAGAGCCCAGAUCUUGUGUGGUGAACAGAAGGUGGUCUUGAGAGGACCAAGUGGGAAGAGGGUGUCGUACCGAGGGUCAACAGAAGAACCAGGGAUCAAGUUAGUGUCCAUGUUGAAGAUGAAAAAGUAA